GAGCGCAUUACGUCACUUCGCCUGCCAGAGGCGAGAGUCGCAUAGCGCCUCCGCUCCUGAGAGACGACUUCGGGUUGUUCAGCUUCUGUGGAGGUUUGUAGUGAUUAGUGUGAACUGUUCCACCCCCCCGCCCCGGUCGCAGUCCGAGUCGGGAGCGUGAGAGUGUUCGCGGGACAACGGAGAGGAGCGAAGCUUCGUCGCGGCUCUCCUGCUUCAACUAUGAGCAGUUUGUGAAAGUGUCUGAAAAAUCGACGCCACACACAGAAAGUAGAUGGAGGGACCAGAAGGUACAGAUACGUGUUACUGUGUGGGCUGCGGAGGAACAAUCCAAGACUCGUUUCACAUGAAAGUGCUCCAGGACCUGUGGCACAACGCCUGCUUCCAGUGUUCAGUGUGCUGCGACCACCUGACUAACUGGUACUACGAGAAGGAUGGCAAGCUGUACUGUCGCAAACACUACUGGGAGAAGUUUGGAGAGCUCUGUCACGGUUGCUCCCUGCUCAUGACUGGACCUGCAAUGGUGGCCGGAGAACACAAGUAUCACCCAGAGUGCUUUGUGUGCCUGAGGUGCGUGGUGGUGAUUGAAGACAGGGACACCUACGCCUUAGUGGAGCGAUCAAAACUCUACUGCGGAAAGUGCUACAAGCAGGUGGUCCUUACACCCAUGUUGGAAAAGCGUUCACAUGACUCGGUGCUAGACUCCCUGCCCCACACAGUGACUCUGAUCUCAAUGCCUUCUGCAGCCAACGGCAAGAGGGGCUUCUCUGUCUCGGUGCUGAGGGACGUCAACGGAGCGGCGAGUGUUCAAGUCAAAGAGGUCAGAGGGAUGCUUAUUAGUCCAGAGGUCCGAAAUGCCAUCCACGUUGGAGACAGGAUCCUGGAGAUUAAUGGCCUUCCUGUGGCGACAUUAACGGAGGUGGAGGUGGACGAUCUUAUCCACUGCACCAGUCACACGCUGCAGCUGCUGAUCGAGUAUGACCCGGUCAGGCAGCGUCUGGAUCGGCUCAGACUGGGCUCACCCAGGGACCGGUUGGGAGUCCCGGCCACCUCUCGUAUGCGUCUGUCCUCGCCGUCUGAUGCAGUCCUGGAAAGAACGGAUGUGGUCGAUGACGGCACACUGAAAAGGAGGUCUUUGAGGCGCAGCAACAGCAUUUGCAAGUCACCCGGGCCAAAUUCUCCCAGAGAGUCACCGUUCAUUACACGAGACAUUGUGCGCUCUGAAUCCUUGAGAUCCCCCCGCAGCUGCUCUCAUCGCAUCUUCCGCCCAUGUGACCUGAUCCAUGGAGAGAUCUUAGGAAAAGGUUUCUUUGGACAGGCCAUCAAGGUGACUCAUAAAGCCACGGGAGAGGUGAUGGUGAUGAAGGAGCUGAUCCGUUGCGAUGAGGAGACCCAGAAAACGUUUUUAAAGGAGGUCAAAGUGAUGCGAAGCCUCGAACAUCCCCACGUUUUGAAGUUCAUCGGUGUGCUGUACAAGGAUAAGAGACUCAAUUUGAUAACGGAGUUUAUCGAGGGAGGCACCCUGAAGGAUUUCAUCAGAGACACGGACCCGUUUCCAUGGGAUCAGAGGGUGAGCUUUGCAAAGAGUAUCGCUUCUGGCAUGACCUACCUUCACUCAAUGAGCAUUAUACACCGAGACCUCAACUCUCACAACUGCCUGGUCAAACUGGACAACACUGUGGUCGUCGCUGACUUUGGACUCUCCCGACUCAUAGUAGAGGAAAAAGUGAAGCCUACACCUGAAAAAACAUCAACUAAAAAGAGGGUUUUCAGGCGAAUUGACCGAAAGAAGCGGUACACUGUUGUGGGAAACCCUUACUGGAUGGCUCCAGAGAUGCUAAAUGGUAAACGUUACGAUGAGAAGGUGGACAUUUUCUCCUUUGGCAUUGUUCUGUGUGAGAUCAUUGGGAAAGUCUAUGCAGACCCCGAGUGCCUCCCCAGGACAAUGGACUUCGGCCUGCAUGUUGGCAAGUUUUUAGAGAAGUUCCUCCCUGAAGACAGUCCACCAGUUUUCUUUCCACUGGCCGUGGCCUGCUGUGACCUCACACCAGACAACCGGCCGUCUUUCCAGAAGCUUGAGGACUGGUUUGGCGCUCUGUCCCUCCACCAGGAGCUGGGGAUCCCCCUGCCAGCCGAACUGGAGGAAGUGCAUCAAAGUCUGAGUCUACUCCACUGGCCUAAAGACGGCUCUCCGGCGGCGAGCACGGAUCCUCCAUCCACCCCGACAGCAGCCUCUCCGGACUCUUCCAGCGUGACGGAUAACAGCAUCUAGGACGUGUGCAUCCUUCAUGUGACCCCUCUGAACUGCUGCACUAAUACUGUGGAUGUGAAAAAGAGGAAAACUGUAGCCGAGCCAUAUUAGAACUGGAUAACCUGAGGUAGCUGGACCAAUUUUCUCCCUAUGUGGGCCACUAAGUUCCACUCAAACUUAAUGUGAGUGGAAAGAUGCAUUUCAAAGGGACAUGUGUUAGUUACUAAAUCUCUUAAUGUACCCGACUCAGCCCCCACUCAACACACGCAGGGUUGUACUAAUGUUUACUGUGUAUAAAGACAAAACACAACUUUCUUUUAAGAGCAUCUUUACCAGGUGGAAAACCUUGAUGAGUCCCUGUGUUACAGCAGUUUUGUUUUUCUGGCGCUGAACUUGUUGUUUGCCGUGUGUGGUAUGCACAGGUCAGUCCUUGCCAAGAUGAGAAAUUCCCUUCACCUCAGCAGCAGCAAAGACAACAAAGAGGUUCGACAGUUUAUCUGAUCAAAAUGUCGAAGUAAACAGAGGGCAGGGCUUGAUGAGGACAGGAGUGAAUUUAAAAGGCAAAAACAAACACUUAUCUUGAAUAGUUUCAUCACUCUGAGAUUUGGCACAAGAUGGCAAAGGAGGUGUUUCCUCAUUUUUUUCCUUUCUCCAAUCUAAUUUUUGACGUAAUGGUUAGAAGUAUGGUUCUGUACUUUGUAGACUAAUGAUUUUAAUUCACUUGAUUUAAUGAUUUAUGAACACCAUUUAGAUCAAACUCCUGAUGGCUCUUAAAAUAAAAUGGGGCAGAAGCUCCUCUAGAACAGAAGAGCUGUUAUUAAUAAUUGUUAGACGUAAAAACAUUACAAUGAAAAGUUGCCUUGUACAGAAAACUCUUCUUUUUUUUUUCUUUGCAAUGUUUAUAAAUAUGUACAUAUGCCUCUUUUUGGACGUCAUUUUCUUAUGAGAACACUAGAUUUUUCGACAUUUCGUCAACGAUGAAAAGUCUUUGUCUUUUUUGGACUCAUCAUGCAAAGGUACUUGCGACCAGUUGUAACCACUAUUAUUUAUCACUUUAGUCAUUCAUAAAUAAACCUUCAUAAAGUU